CCCGCCGCAGUGCGCAUGCGCCACCGAGUGUGCGAGCGAGGAAGGGAGCGCGGCGCGGCGCGGCUCGGUUCGGCGGACGGCCAGGCCAGCGAGCGGACGGGAAUUUCUGAAUACAAUGUCAGGAAAAAGACCAGUGAAGAGAUCAAAAGAUAAUGAGAAAAAGCAAGAUGAAGAAAGUAAAAAGAUAAAGAUCUCACAUUCCUCCCAUGGGGUAAACUCAGGAAUUGUCCUGACGCUGGGUCAGGGUGAUGUGGGCCAACUUGGCCUUGGGGAUAAUAUCUUGGAGAGGAAAAAACCUGCGUUGGUCAAGGGACUGCUGGAGAAGAUUGUGCAAGUGGAGGCUGGUGGAAUGCACACUGUCUGCUUAGGACAGACAGGAAGCGUUUACACAUUUGGUUGCAAUGAUGAAGGUGCACUUGGGCGCGAUACAUCGCAGGAUGGAUCAGAAAUGGUUCCAUCCCGAGUUCUCCUUGAUGAACAUGUGGUUCAGGUUUCUGCUGGAGACAGUCACACAGCGGCUCUGACUGAAAGUGGCCAAGUCUACAUCUGGGGUUCCUUCAGGGAUAGCAAUGGAGUUAUUGGACUGCUGGAAGCAAUGAAGACCAGCUCUUUGCCACAGGAAGUUCCUCUUGAUGUUCCUAUUGUUAAAAUUGUCUCAGGUAAUGAUCACUUGGCGAUGCUGUCUCUUGAUGGUGACAUUUUGACUUCUGGCUGUGGUGAGCAGGGACAGCUAGGAAGAGUUGCAGAAUGUUUCACAAAUCGGGGAGGACGAAGAGGUCUAGAGCGACUACUUACUCCCAAGAUCCUACGCCUCAAAUCCAAAGGGGGCAGGAAGGUGAAGUUUUGUGAUGUUUUCUGUGGUGCGUAUUGCACAUUUGCAAUUUCAAAGGAAGGCCACGUCUUUGGUUUUGGACUCUCCAAUUAUUACCAGUUAGGAACACAAGGUACCACCUCCUGUUAUUUGGCACAGAAACUAACUGCAUUCAAGAAUUCGAAAAAGUCUUGGGCCAGAUUCUCAGGUGGACAGCAUCAUACCUUGUGCUUGGACUCUGAUGGUAAAGUGCACAGCUUGGGUCGAGCAGAGUACGGGCGUCUAGGACUGGGAGAAGGUGCCACAGAGAAGAGCACACCUACUGUCAUUCAAGGACUCCCUGUUAUCACUGAUGUGGCUUGUGGGGCUUCUGUUAGUUAUGCAAUUAGCAAGGAUGGUCGAGCUUUUGCCUGGGGCAUGGGAACGAACUUCCAGCUGAGCACAGGCAAUGAGGAAGAUGAAUGGAGUCCCAUCCAGAUGACAGGUCAGCAGCUGGAGAACAGAAAAGUGCUGUCCAUCUCCAGUGGAGGCCAGCACACUGUACUACUGGUAGCAGACUAUGAAUAGAGCUGAGGAUGCUAGCCACCUGCACAAAAUCUACUGCCAAAAUAAACCUCAACCUCCAUCCCAUCCCAUCUGGACCAAGAACAUGCAUAAUUGAUUAUUUUUAAUUGGUUUAGAACACAAUGAUGAAAAUUCAGUUUUAUUUUAAGUUAUAAUCAUUUUUCUAUGUUAAACUUCCAAGUUUAUUUGCGUGAGAUUGUCUGGGCAGGCAAGCAGAUUGAAGAGAAAAAAUAUUCUUUUAAAAUCUAAUAAAUCUUUUUGUAAUAGUUU